UUCACAGAGAGAGAGAGAGAGAGACACACACACACACACACAACACGCUCCGCUGACUUGGCAGGACCCUGAGCCCCACGCAGUGGGGGCGACAGACGGUGGCGCGGGGAGAGCAAGGCGCACACUCUGCCAGCGGGGCCGACACCACCGGCCUGGCCGUUUAGGCAGCCAGAGACGAGGGAACGAUCUCGGAGAUCCUGCCGGCAAAUGCUUUUCUAUGCUCUGCGGGACGCCGGCGAGAGAGAGCGGUGAAGCAGGGCCCCGCCUCUCUCCCGCACGCAAGGCACGCACGUCCACCUCUGGCGGGCCGGGAGCAUUAUAUGUCUCUGUGACUGGAGGACGGAGAGCGUCAUCCGGAGGGCACACACAGCCAGCAGCGAUUGGGUGGGGGUCACCCGUCGCUGAGAUCCUGGGGGGGUGGAGGGGGGGUACAGAGACGCAUCCACAGCGGCAGAAAAGACUGGAUGCAUCGCACCGUGGAACAGAUCGGGGUCCGCGCUGGACGGGACCCUUUCUCUCUUGGCAACUUGGGCUGCAGUGGUGGUUCCUGGAGUUCGUGCCAUUCUCGACCAUGGCUCCCAGGCGGCAGGUGCUCCGCCAGUGUUGGUCAGCCUCAGCUGCCCCCACACCUGCCGCCUGGCCAUGGGUCUAACAUGGGACAACACAGCAAGGGCUAUUUCCCACCAGCGAAUCUGGGGCCCCGGCCCUUGCAUGGAAAACUGGAGGCCAUCCAUAGCUGCGUCCAGGCUUUGCUGCGGGAUCAGGGCCAACCCCAGCUCUGGGAACAGCUGGGCGAGAUCUACGAGUCGGAGCAGGACUGUGAGGAGGCCGUGCGCUGCUACCAGAACGCCGUGCGGUACCAGCGGGACUAUGGCAGCUAUGGGGAGAUGCACGCCCGGAUUGGACGGCUGCAGCAGGCUCAGCUGUGGAAUUUCCAUUCGGGGCCGUCCCACCAUCGCUCGAAAACACUGCCGCCUUUGCAACAGGUCUGGAACCUCCUGCACCUUGAGAAGAGAAAUUUCUCUGCCAAGCGCACCCCGCAGCUGAAGAGGCCCGGCCCGGCCAUGGAGCCCCCCGUGGUUCAGCCCAUCCCUCCAGUCCAGCACCCACCCCACACCGGGCACGGAGAAGAGAUGCCGGCCCCCAUGAAGCGAAGAAGGAGUUCCAGCCCAGACCAGAACGGGAACAGGUUGGGCCACCAUCCGCCCGGCCCUGGCCUUCCCGGCAACCCCCAUUACCAGCUGCCUAAACCAGGACUCUGGAACCCCCUCCAUGGAGAUUCGUGGGGACAAGAGCGCAAGAACGGGGCUGCCCCAGAGAGACAAGAGCAGAGAAACUCAGGGAAAGUCAGCGGGACGGACCCACUGGGAGAGAUUUUGUUCGGGUGCAGGGAGCCCUGCCAGGGGGAGCAGCAGCAGCCGCCCCCCCUCGCAGCCUGUGACGCUGGGCAUGGCUUCCAGGAUCCUGGCGCCAGCGGCCUGAAUGGGCCCUUCUCCCUCCCCAGGGAGGAGGUUUCAGUGGGGAAGCCCAGCCCGGCAAGACCGACCAGCCCUGAGGCCUCUCCAGCCCCCGACUUCUGGCUGCCAGAGAGCGACCAGGAGGAGAAAGGAUCCGGGGGGCCAAGGGCCCUGACGCCGAGCGCCGCUGGGAUAACCUCAGGAACCUUCCGGUCCCCCGAGAGCCCCCCUCCGCCACCGGCACGGCCCCCUCAGCAGCCCACAGAGCCACUCCCCCCGGCCCCCCGGGCAUCUUUUCCAAAGACCCCGGAGCCACCCCCAGGGGGGCCCCCGCCAGCCAAGGCCGCCCCCGAACGGCUCUUUGGCUUUGCCAGCCCCCCGCUGGAGGACCAGUUCGAGGAGCCGGCCGAGUUCUCCAAGAUCCUUCCUGACGGCCUGGCCAACAUCAUGAAGAUGCUGGACGAGUCGAUCCGGCGCGGGGAGGAGGAAAGGGAAGAGAGCUUCCCACCGCCGCCCCCGGCCCCGGCGGCCCUCCUCCUGCCGAGCCCCCCACCUUUGGCCAGGCCCAAACCACCGGCCUCAUCUGCCGGCGCUUUUGACUACCCCAAGCCCCCCGGGCAGGACCCUCCUGAGCCCCCUUGCCUGUACCGGUUUGGCAAGCGAGACGGGGGAGAGCAGCCCCCGACCGUGGCAGCCGGAGGCGGAAGUGGCAGCAGCAGUAGCGGUCGCAGCGGUGUGGGCAGCAAAUUCCCCCACCACAGCACCGCCUCCCUGCUGAAGUCCUUGGCCAACGUGCUGGAAGGGCAGAAGCACUCCUACCGGCCCAAACCGCUGACCCCUCCAGGUGCUAAAAUCUCCCUCCCGUCGGGCACCAGCCCAACAGCUGCGCCCCAUUUCUCUACCUCAAGCCAAGCCUGGGGGGCGGGAGCCUCGGCCGCAGGGGAGCGUGUGGCCACCCCUCCGCCCCUACCGGCCACUCGCCCAGUCAAGACGGAGUCAGAGGUCCUUGAAGAAAUCAGCCGGGCCUGCGAGACGCUGGUGGAGCGAGCUGAGCGGGAGAAGAGCCCCCCGCCGCCAGCUUCACCGCCCCCACCGCCUCCUCCAGCUUCCCCAGUCGGCCCCGGCGCCCCCACCCCCACCACCGUCGUGUGCUCGGCCGACCUCCUGAAGCUGCGAUCCUUCACCGAAGGGCCCCCGAAGGAGCUGAAGAUCCGCCUCAUCAAGGUGGAGAGCGGGGACAAGGAGACCUUCAUCGCCUCCGAGGUGGAAGAGCGGCGCAUCCCCUUGGGCGAACUCACCAUCAACCACUCGGCCGCCGAGGUCGUGCGGGCCAGCAAGCACGCCAAGGUGAAAGGAAAAUUCAAAGAAUCGUACCUGUUGCCCAGCCAUUCUGUCAAACCUCAGAUCAACGUGGAGGAAAAGCUCCCGCGGGACAAACUCAGUCCCCCGACCCCAAGCAUCUAUCUGGAGAGCAAGCGGGACGCCUUUUCCCCCGUCCUGCUGCAGUUCUGCACCGACCCCAAGAAUCCCAUCACCGUCAUCCGAGGACUGGCCGGAUCCCUUCGCCUCAAUCUGGGCCUCUUUAGCACGAAGACCCUUGUGGAAGCGAGCGGGGAGCACGCCGUAGAAGUCCGCACGCAGGUGCAGCAGCCGUCGGACGAGAACUGGGAUCCGUCGGGGACGAAGCAGGUGUGGCCGUGCGAGAGCAGCCGGUCCCACACCACCAUCGCCAAGUACGCCCAGUACCAGGCGGCUUCCUUCCAAGAGUCGCUUCAGGAAGAUAAGGAGACAGACGACGAGGAAGCCGAGGAGCCCGACAGCACCACCGAGACGCCGCCCAGCAAUCCCGACCAGAAGCCCCACCAGAUCAUCAAGUUUGGGACCAACAUCGACCUCUCCGAUGCCAAGCGGUGGAAACCGCAGUUGCAGGAGCUGCUCAAACUGCCGGCAUUCAUGCGGGUCACCUCGACGGGGAACAUGCUGAGCCACGUGGGACACACCAUCCUGGGCAUGAAUACGGUGCAGCUGUAUAUGAAAGUCCCCGGCAGCCGCACGCCAGGGCAUCAGGAGAACAAUAAUUUCUGCUCCGUGAACAUCAACAUCGGGCCAGGUGACUGUGAGUGGUUUGCUGUCCACGAGCAUUAUUGGCAAAACAUCAGCGCCUUCUGUGACAGGCAUGGUGUGGACUACCUGACUGGCUCAUGGUGGCCCAUCCUGGAAGAUCUUUACCAGGCCAACAUCCCCGUCUACCGCUUCAUCCAGCGCCCGGGAGACCUGGUCUGGAUCAACGCCGGCACGGUGCACUGGGUUCAGGCGACUGGGUGGUGCAACAAUAUCGCUUGGAACGUCGGCCCCCUGACAGCUUACCAGUAUCAGCUGGCGCUGGAGCGCUACGAAUGGAACGAGGUGAAGAACGUCAAGUCCAUCGUGCCGAUGAUCCACGUCUCCUGGAACGUUGCCCGCACGGUGAAAAUCAGCGACCCCGAUCUGUACAAAAUGAUCAAGUACUGUCUGAUGCAGUCCAUAAAACACUGCCAGGUCCAGCGUGAAGCCCUCGUCCGGACCGGGAAGAAGAUUGCCUACCAGGGCCGGGUGAAAGACGAGCCAGCCUAUUACUGCAAUGAAUGUGACGUGGAAGUGUUCAACAUCCUCUUUGUGACGAGCGAGAACGGCAGCAAAAACACGUACCUGGUGCACUGUGAGGCCUGUGCCCGGAAGCGAAAUUCCUCCCUCCACGGGGUCGUGGUGCUUGAACAGUACAAGACGGAAGAAUUGAUCCAUAUCUAUGACAGCUUCACUCUGGCUGCAUCGCCAAGUUCAAGAUGAGCCAUACCACGCCCGGACACCGGAGUCUGGGCUUGUCUCUCUCUCCGUGCUGAGCCUCUCCUCGACUCACCACGUGUGUGGUGGGAGGGGGUCGCUUUAGCCUGACCUCUCCCCCCCCCCCUUUCAAUAGCAGCUGAGCCUCUGGAUUUCCACCCCACCUACUCACUCAUGCCUGUUUCAGCCCUGGAGCAAACAGACUCAGACUCCCCCCCCCCUUUCCGACUGGACCCUCUUUAAUUUAUUCUUCAGAAUGAACCUUUUUAUUUUCCUUCCGGGUGGUGCUGAUUUUGUAUUAAAAAAAAAAGAAAAAGAGAAAAAAAAACUGAAUUACAAAAAGACGAAGAAGUAUUGAUGAACAAGGUCGUGUCGUCGUCUCCGGCGGGAAUCGGGAGCGUGGCCUUCCUGCCGGUUCUCCCACCCCUGUUCCAUGUUCAACUCCGCGGUGCCUGGUUUCCCCUUGGAAGAAGGGCCAGGGGUUUCAACCAACAGUUAAAGAGGAGAUGGGAAGCUGUCUUUCUUCACACGCGAGCAUUAAUUUUUCUCUCUUCUCCCCUCUUACUCACGAGGUGGAGAGCAAGACACAUGGAACAGAGAGAGAUGGCUGUUAAAAUUUCGGGGUGCUUGAUUUUUGUUUUUACUUUUUUUGUUCCUUCUGAUUGCUUUUUAAUAUUUUUUUGUUGGAAAUUUAAAGAAGAAAAAGAGUUUGGAAAAUGAAAACAGAAGCAAGCAAAAAAAACAAUUUAAUACGGGUUUCUUAACACAGGAGUUUUAUGGGUUCAGUUCUCUCUGGAUGAACUUCUCAUUGGGCGGGGGGGGAAAAAGAGUGUACAUUGAUUUAUAUAUAUCGGUGGGGCGGGGCGGGAGACACUUUGCGCGUGUGGUUUUUAAUUAUUCGGAUGGACAUUUUGAUUUCUUACAUCCUUUUAUAUAUUAUAUAUAUAAAUAUAAGGGAAAAAAAUCCUGGUUUGUAUUAGAAACUGCUUUUAAAAAACAACAAAAAAUGACAAAAAAAAAGUUGAAGGAGAAAAGAAAGAGUCCAGUUGGGAAAAAAAACGUUUGUGUGAAGCGCAGAUUAAUAAUUUCUGUGCGUCCAAAACUGGGAUAAUAAAAAUUACAACCCUGUGUAUAGGGGAUAAUGGUGCUUUGCCCCAAAACAGACACACGGGUAGAUAAGACGCGUUUUUCUUUUUUCCUUUUUGCAAAAACCACGAAGGGGAGGGAGACGGAUCCCUUCUCCCCACUUCCUUCUUUAGGCCCCCCCUAAAUGCCAAUGUCUACACUAUCCACUCCCCCCUCCGCUAUCGUUUAGCAAAGGGGGGCCCUAACCAGGACGUUUCGCUUUUCAUCUUUCUUAGCGGUUAACAAUACCCUGAACGCCAACCCUUAGAACAUCCUCUUUAGCCGAUUGAAUUGUUUCAAUUUCUAACCCGUAGCCUUUUCCCCCAACCCACUCACCCCUUUGCUAAAUUUAUUGCCUAUUUUUCCGGUUCUGCAUGCUUUUGACUCCCGGCUCAUUUUUACAAACCAAGAAAACGUCUCAUUUGGGGUCAUUUUUUUUCCCUGUUUCAAGUUCGUACCUCCAUGCCUCAGAACGGUGUUUGUCAUUUGUAAAAUGUCCUCUCUUUCUUUUUUCCUCGCUCUCUUUUUUAAUUUAUAUGUCUUUUUUUGUAAUGAUUUCUCUAUUUAUUGGUCCUUUAUUGGGGUUUUGAUCCAUCUUUUUUAAAAAAGAAAUAACUUUUUACAAUGUCGUCGUAUCUGUUUCAUUUUUAAUGUCUCUCUCUCUUUUUUUGCUGUCUCAUUUUGACUUCUCCUGAAAUUUUUAUCGGAUUUCAAAAUGUUUUAAUUUGUUGGGAGGUGUUUUGUGUUUUGUUUUUUUGGUCUGUCAAUGUUUUCCUUGACAUGGCGCUCAUUUUUUCUCAUGUGAGGGAGGGGGAAGAGGGGGGAAAUGAAGCUUCAUCCUGGUUCAUCUGUUGAUUUCCAUUUUUAACGGAAUCUCGCCCCCACCCUACGUUGUACAAAUUUCUUCCUUCCGAAACCUGCACUUUUUAAUUCCCAGAUUCCAAACCCCCCCCCACCUUCCCCAACACAAGUACACUGUAAUAAAACAGAUGAACAUUGAGCUACUCUGGAAAAACACACACACACAAAACACGGAUUCUUAUUGUACUGUAGGGGACAAGGAGAAAGCAAAUCUUAUUUUGUAAAUGUAAAAAAAAAUUAAAUUAACUCACAGAGAUAAAAGAAAACUCUCUCAA